AUGACUUCUAACACUGUUGUCGAUAACAUCUUGUCUCGUGACGCUUACCUUGCUGCCUACAAAUCUAAGAACGGUGAAGAUUUUGUAAAUUAUCGGGAACAUGUUCUCUCAGAACUCAUACGCCCAUACAAACGCCGUCUCUUUCCUACUCAGCUUUAUGCUCUUCGUGAACGAUUUGAAGUUUCUCUCCAAGAACUUGUCGAUGCCACGCCAUGUGAUACCGAAGUUUUAGAACGUGACUUUGAAGGACAUCCCGCGCUCACUCUCGAAGAGCAACGAGAUUUGGUACAACGAGCUCAUUUUGAAAACGCAUUUGAAAGAUUAAGGGAAAAUGUUCUAUGGGUAGUAAAGAGUACUAAAUAUUUGCCAGCUGUUGCUAAUAUCUUACGCCGGCAUUUUUGUAUCGCAUUUACUCGUGUUAAACUAACUACUUAUUCGUUAAGAUUUACAAGAAUGUCAACCAUCGAUAAAUCAGGAGAAUCAUUGAUUUCAAAAAAGAUGAAUGAGAUGGAAAAUAAAGACGAAGAGAAUGGUGAAACACGAUCAGAAGCAAAGCCACCAUGGGCUGAAGCACAUAGAGUUGCUGUUCAGGUAAUGAAUGGAUUUUGA